AAAAGAAAUACAACAGCAGAAACAAGAACAGCUGAAGAAGCAACAGAUGGAACAACUUCAAAGGCUUAUGGAAGAGCAGAAGAAACUACUUAUCAUGGUAUCUGGCCAUCAAGGACUUUCUGAAAUACCCUUAGGCUUCAUCUGGAGGGGAAGGAAAAAAAACCCUUGGCUACAGACUGGCCAGAUGUGUGUAAAAGUACCUGGACCCCUAUCCCUAGGAACAUGUGACCAAUCCAAUUCUGGAACUGCUGUCUCCUCCUCGCAGAGACAACAAUAUUGUAAUGGAAAUACAAAGCAUAAUGCAUUUUUUCCGCUCCCCCUUUGAGACUAUGCUCGAAAGUCAGAAGAUCUGAGUCAAUGAUGUCGACAUCCAGCUAGUUUAAACACUGUGCCUUACUUGCCACCACCUGUGUACCAGAAUCUCAGUGGAGAUAGUGCUCUAUCCUGGAUGAUUUUUCUUUUGUUUCUUCACAUACACAAGAGUGAAUUACUACAAAAGUUAAACGACAAGGAAUUCAUCUGAUCUUUGAAGAGCAGUUUAUCUUCAGAUUCUAUCAGUGAGAAACAGUGUCUAGAUCAGCAGUUCUCAAACUGUGGGUCAUGAGCCCGUUUUAAUGGGGUUGCCAGGACUGGCUUAGACUUGCUCGUGCCAGGGACUGAACCCAAAACCCCAGUGUCUGGGGUUGAAGCCUGAGAGCUUCAGCCUUGGGCAGUGAGGCUGAGAUUACAGGCUCCCUGCCUGGGAAGGGCUUUAGCUUUGCCUCCCCUCCCCACCCCCUGGGUGGCAGGGAUUGUACAGGCUCAGGCUUCGGUCCCAUCUCCUGGGAUCAUGUAGUAAUUUUUUUUUGUCAGAAGGGGGUAGUGGUGCAAUGAAGUUUGAGAACCCCUCGUCUAGAUGCAUCUCUGAAAAUGUAAAGCGAUUGGAAGAACAAGGACCACAAAAAUACUACUGGAGAAAGCACUUGGUGUCCAAAACAAAAGAUGGAAAACUCUGUUGGAGGUGAAGAGAGUGACGCUGAUCAUUUAUGUUCAAGAAAUGUAGAUUUGUCUGGAAGUCCCAAUGGAAGAAAAUGCUUACAAGCAGCUAACAUAGAGGAAAGGCCUAUUAAAGCUGGGAUUCAGGAGAGGAAACAGACGUUUGAAGAAUUUCUUGAAGAACAGAUACGAUUAGAAGACCGGCGCCUGAAGCAAAAAGAGGAGCAAGAGGAAGUAGGAAGGUCAACCUUUCAGAAACUACAGACAAAACGACCCUUUCUGAAACGGGGAGAAGGCUUAACUAGGUUCACUAAUGCCAAAUCUAAAGUAACUAAGUAUAAAGAAAGCAAACUGAUGACUCAGCAAACUACUUUGGAGGACAGAAACGUUGUUAAAGUGGACAGACCACAAAUACAGCGGAAAACUGCACCUUUAAGCAAGGAACAGGUUUCUGAGAAUUUUGCUGUGCAGUCUAAAAAAUGUAACCGAGCUGCUAAAAUAAUAAAUGAUUCUGUCUUCCCUGUUCAGAAGGCCAUAGUACUCAAGAAUCAUAAUGGAAAAAAUAUAUCGCCACCAACAGCGAGACUGCAGACUGAGAAGAAUCUUGAUGGGCAGUUCAAAGAUUCUUUCAGAUCAGAAAUCAACAGCAAAUUUGAAAAUAAGGAAAACAUAAUGGAUUUUGCCAGGCCUACUGACAAAUUUUCAGAUACAGAAAAGCCUCAGCUGUCCACAGAGUUUACCAAAACUUUUUCUCUUUCCAAAUGUUCUACAAGUUACCCUGUAAAAGAUUCAGAACAUUCUUUUGAACUUUCAUUCCAAAAUAAGUUGGAAAACUGGGAAAAAGAAAAGGAAAAAGAGAACAUAGAAUUAGAUGAAUUUUUGUUUCUAGAACAGGCUGCUGAUGAAGUAUCUUUCUCGAGUAAUUCCUCAUUUGUACAAAGGUUCUUGGAUCGAGAUCAGCAAAUUUCAAAAGGCCGUAGAAUGUCUUCUACCCCUGUCAAAGCAAUGCCACAGCAGAUGAAUGCACUAGAUAUUAUAAAUACAAAUAAAAAAGCAGAAAUUAUCUUACAAGGAAAUAAAAAUGACAGGGCAGUUACACAUACAAUCUUGGAUUUGAGGGCAUCUAUUAGACUAAGGGACCAAUUCAAUAAAACAGAUAGUAAAAUAUUUCAGACUUCUUCCACUGUGGCAUCUCCAACUUCCAAAAGUACUGAAUGGAAUGUAAAUGAAGAUAAGGAUGAUGGAAGCAGUGUCAUUACUACAGAGUCUGAGGAGGAACUUGAGACUACCGUAAAAUGUUCAAAUGAAGAUGCUAAAAAGUUCAUUUUGAGCAUCAGAGAAGAUAAUCCAGCAUUCUGUGAUUGCACAGGACCUGUCAAAGACCUCAGCAAAGAAAGCAAAAGUAGGGAUGUUGAUCUUGACUUAUCAGACAAAGAUUAUAGUAGUGAUGAAUCCAAUGUGCUACCAAAUCAGAGUAAUAGCAAAGUGUCUGAAUCUCAAAGAAGUGUUUCAUGUACAAAUAGGAAUAAGGUUGAGUUUGAUGAUGAAAGAACAUGGACUGACCUUGAAGAAAAUGAGAUUCAGCAUGAAGUACCCCAAAAUGAUACCAUUAAAGUACCUCCACAAACUGACUAUUACAAUAAAAGUGAAAUGGCUGCCCCAGAUAAAACAAUAAAGAGGAAGGUCGCUUCAAUAAAGAAGGGAGAUGAUUUGCCCAAACGGAGUGUGACAGAUGGUGAUGCAAGUGCACCUCCCACAUCAGACCUCAUGAUGAAACUCUUUCCUUCACUGAAACCUAAACAGAAGCCAGGCUGUCAUGCAAGGCAUGAAACCAAAUCAAAUGUGGGACAAGAAGAACCAGGAGGAGACAUUGUUCGGUCCCGGGUACUAAGAGAGAAGCUUGUUGAAUUGGAAACAGAAAUUGAAAGAUUCAGAGCUGAAAAUGCAUCUCUAACAAAACUCCGUGAAGAACGAGAGAGCUCCUUAGAAAAUCUCAGGAGAGAAAUAGCCGACUUUGAACAGCAGAAAACAAAAGAAUUGGCUCGGAUAGAAGAAGUUAAAAAAGAAGAAAUGAGAAAACUGCAAAAAGACCGUAAAGUUUUUGAAAAAUAUUCCACAGCAGCUAGAGCGAUGCCAGAUAAAAAGGAGCGUGAUGAAAUUCAGGCUUUAAAACAGCAGCUUGCAGAUUUGCAGGAAGACUUAAAGCGAAGAGAAGCAAAAUGGUCGUCUACUCAUGGUCGCCUUAAAAACCAGAUAGAAACCUUAACAAAGGAGAACACAGAGUUAAGAGAAGAGAUCAAAAUCAUGGAAAGAUUUCGUCUAGAAGUUUGGAAGAAAGCAGAAGCUGCUGAAAGCAACAGGAAGGCUGAAAGUUCUGGAAUGAAUUUGAAGAGAGCAGAAUCUAUAAGUCCAUCAACUAGAUUUCAAAAAAAACAGUUUCUGUCUCCAGUUCCUCAAGUGGAAAAGAGUAGCAAGAUGAAUGGCAAAGGUUAUUCACCAGUAAAAGGAAAGCCUUCUAGAAGACCUAAAUCAGCACCUGUUAGUGAUGGGAGUAACUUUGACAAGACAGUGAUGACACUAGAAGAUUCCUCUAGGACUUUUAUGAUAGACAUGUCCCCUACUGAAACGUGUGUGCCAUUAGAGUCCCCUUUUCUUGUGUCUACAGGUAGUGAAGAAAUACAGGGAGAAGUUAACUAUCCUGAUGGAAAGGUUGAAAAGGUUUUAAAAAAUGGCUGUCAUCUUAUAUUUUUCCCUAAUGGAACACGGAAAGAAAUGAGUUCGGAUGGAAAGACCAUAACUGUAACAUUCUUUAAUGGGGAUGUGAAACAAGUUAUGCCUGAUCAAAGAGUGAUUUACUAUUAUGCAGAUGCCCAGACAACUCAUACUACAUACCCUGGUGGGUUAGAAGUCUUACAUUUCUCAAAUGGACAAAUAGAGAAGCAUUACCCUGAUGGAAGGAAAGAAAUUACAUUUCCUGACCAAACUAUUAAGAAUUUAUUUAUGGAUGGGGGAGAGGAAAGCAUUUUUCCAGAUGGCACUAUUGUUCGUGUGCAGAGAGAUGGAAGCAAAACUAUAGAAUUUAACAAUGGCCAGAGAGAGCUGCAUACGCCACAGUUCAAGAGACGUGAAUAUCCAGAUGGCACUGUCAAGACUGUGUAUGCGAAUGGACACCAGGAAACAAAAUAUGUCUGUGGGAGAGUAAGAGUUAAGGACAAGGAUGGUAAUGUUAUAAUGGACACUAAGUUAUAACAUAUGACUUAUGAAACUCUUGUAAGCACCUAUCACGCUUAGCAAAAGUGUAUAUUUGUUAAAAAAAAAACAAACAAACCAAUGUACAUAUUGUACAUAAUUUUGUUUGUCUAAAAUAAAUUUAUUUUUAAAAUAAACAAUGAUAUUAAG